ACAUGCGUCUGGACCUGAAGGUGUGAGUGAGAUUUGGCUUUGUGGUCCAGGGUUGGGUAGGGAGCAGAUCAGCGGCCGUGCCAGAGGGCACGUUGCAAGCACAGGAUACUGGUGGGGAAGGCAGGGACUCGUGAACACACGGGGAGCAGUGAGUGUUCAUUUUCCUUUCGUCGAGGACAGGAUCUGUGAGCUGGGAGGGUUCCCUGACGAUCAGAGCUGUGUUUCCCAGCCUUGGGAGCCAUGGGGAAGGUAGUUGGCAGAGGGGAGAAAGUCGAACAAGGAGGUCAGUUAGAUGCUUAUUGCCAUGUCGUGGCUCCAGGGUGGAAAGUUGCUGAAAAGGAACCAGACCCCAGAUUGUUCUCCGGCCACCACCACUGCCAGGGGUGCUCAGGAACACACAGUGUGGCUCCCAGCCAGCUCACCCUCCUUCUCACAGCCCGCUGGAGGAUUCUGACCUGAAGGACACGUAUCUCAUCCCGAGAAACAUCAUGGCUGAGCCAGACUAUAUAGACGAUGACAAUCCUGAACUAAUUAGGCCUCAGAAACUAGUCAAUCCUGUCAAAACAUCCCGGAACCAUCAAGACCUUCACAGAGAACUUCUUAUGAAUCAAAAAAGGGGACUUGCCCCUCAGAAUAAGCCAGAGCUGCAGAAAGUGAUGGAAAAGAGAAAACGGGAUCAAGUAAUAAAGCAGAAGGAAGAGGAGGCACAAAAGAAGAAAUCUGACUUGGAAAUAGAACUAUUAAAACGGCAGCAGAAGUUGGAGCAGCUUGAACUUGAGAAGCAGAAAUUGCGCGAAGAGCAAGAAAAUGCCCCAGAGUUUGUGAAGGUUAAAGGCAAUCUCAGAAGAACAGGCCAAGAAGUGGCACAAGCCCAGGAGUCGUAGGUCCAGGCUGCAGAGACCGCGCACCAGCCCAGCGCACACAAAAAGUGUGUGCAGGGGCCUCCCCAGUACUUAACCUCAGGGCCAAAGCCCCUGGAGAGAAUCCCAGCCAGCAGAGAACUGUUACUUUGAAAAGAGUUUGGUUUUGGUUUUCCUACCAUACGGGUUGGAUCGGUUACACCUGUGACUGUUGCAGUUCCUAUUCGCCACAUGAAGGACGUUGCCCAGCACUUAAGUUGGGAUAAUGGACCUGUGUGUUCAAAGACUUAAAAAAUAACAACAACAAGAAAAAAAGGAAGAGGACACUGGCAUAAAUUCCUGAGAGUUGCACUACUUGGUUUUUCUUUCAAGCCAAGUUUAGUGGGGCACGGAGCCUUUUUUCUUUUCAAGUGUAAAGAAAAUGUGUUUCGUUCUUCCUUUAGUUACCCAUUCAGUAAUUUAGAUCGCGCAGAAAUGCGUUUGAUCUGUUAUACCCACUGUUUGUAAAUUCUGUUUUCUUGUCUAUUUACACUUUCACCCACGUUAGGCUUAACACCAGAGAAUGUUAAUAUUCAUGUUGAACACAGUUCUUACCUUUGUCGGCAUUAAGAUUCAGAAAUAGAGUGAGGAACUUUAAAAAUAUGGGAACAAAGAGAUACAUAAACAAGACUACGUAAACGUCUGUCUUGAUCUUAUUUCCGUUCCUGUUGGUUCCCUGAUGCUUCACGGUGACCUUCUACUUCAGGGAAGGUCCAUCAUAUAAAUCCAUGUCUUGCUUUGAUAACUGUUAGGGGGUUGGUUUUGUUUUAUUUUGUUGUUAAGUUUCUUGCUCAGCCACGCCUUUUAUGUGAAAUAAUCUCCCACUCCUUCGAGGAAUAAAAACUAGUCCGUAUAACCCAACCUCCAUGUCAAAAGUAGAGGGUCCAAAUCUUUUGUUUUCUCCUGAGAGCAGUAUGGGGAAAGCUCCCAUGUGGAGCUGUGAAGGAAGAGUUCUCUGGGUAUUUUAAUGUGAAUCAAAUGUAGAUUGGUCUCAAGGAGGCCCAUUUGGAAGAUAUAUAGCAUUUAUACAUUUUUAAUAUUAUUUGAAGCCAACCUUUGAAAUUUUCUGAUUAAUGGUCACCUAGCUCUUUGCCCUUUUUUCUUGUGAAGAAAGGCUAGUUCACCACUACCUUUGUGAUGGUGAUGCAUUCGUAAGGAUGAUGUUGUGACUACUGUUGAUCUCUCAGGAACAGCUGAGGGGAAGGGGAGGCUGCUCAGUUGGUGCUCUCCAGCUGGCAUGCUGUACUCCACAUGUGAGCCCUGCGUUACCAACUACAGCCAGAUUCUUAACGCAAAAUCCCUUUUCUAUUGCCGGGAUGGGCAGGGGGACGUUCUGCUUGGGGUGGUCUGGAAGAAUUUGUGUGGAUUCAGUAUGUUCUUUGUAGAAACGGUUCAGCCGGUAAUUCCUACAUUGAAGGCUCUUCUUUUUUUUUUUUUUUUUUUUUUUUUUGCGGUACGCGGGCCUCUCACUGUUGUGGCCUCUCCCGUUGUGGAGCACAGGCUCCGGACGUGCAGGCUCAGCGGCCAUGGCUCACGGGCCCAGCCGCUCCGCGGCAUGUGGGAUCUUCCCGGACCGGGGCACGAACCUGCGUCCCCUGCAUCGGCAGGCGGACUCUCAACCACUACGCCACCAGGGAAGCCCCGAAGGCUCUUCUUAUAAUUUCUUUCAAGAGUCAUAGAAAGCUGGAUCCCGAGCUUUUGAAUCCUUAACAAGCCUAAGUAGAAAGUAGCUUUCUGUGGGAAUUCUGUAGUUUUCAUGGUUGGUGAUUAGGCUCCUGUUCACCCCUGAUGUGGACAGACAAAAGUAAAUGCAUAGAUAAUAUACUGCUAGUCAUAGAACAUGUUGAUUACACCUGAAAUGGAUUAUUUCUCUCAUCAGCAAGUAUUAGUUGAAUAAAAUAUGAGGUGCUUAAGGUACAAUGUUGCUCUAUCAUAAUUUACUUUUGAAGGAUGGAAUGGUAACUCCUUUUUUCCAUCCUUCUUCCUUUUCAGAGAGGAAAGAGCAUUAACCGAUCAUCUUGAAAGUACGUUUCCGAUUGUACGUUGACUACAGUUCUGCCCCUGUGCAUGUGGACUAGUGAUGCAAUUUGUAAAAUGAAGAUUCAGGAGUAGCUCAUAGCCUUGAAUCCAACCGGAUAUGUAAGAUCUUUAGAUUCUGUAUCCUUGAAGCAAUUCUGCCACUUGCUAAAAUUCUCAAGGGCCCUAACAGGCUCCUUUAGAAAGACCAAUUCUGUUCCUAGAAUUUACCUAGAAUGCAUUCUUCACUGGGAAAAAAUAAAUUCCAAGAGCGUUUCCCUCCCAGUCUCACUCACAAAUCUGCAAAAUUAUUAGUGGUUAGCAGUCCAAGGUUUGGCCAAAAGAAGACUUGUAAAUAGUGUCAAGCAAUGUCUCCUCACUAGACAGUGGAAUGUCCAGAUAGAAAAGCUCUUUGAAAUGCCAGGUCAGCUCAGCUUAUAAGCCUGAGUUUAAAAAGGCGUCAUUCUCCCUCCACACUUUCAUACUGUACAGUCCAAACCCCUAGGACUCAUGAACAUCCAAGCAGUUUUGUGCUUUGAGCCAAUUUUUGAGAAAAAUGGCUCCGUUUUUCCACUCUGCGGUUUUCUUAAAAUAGCUCCGUGUUUUCUAGUCUCCGAGUAGCGUUGCUUUCUAAGCUAUCACAGUUGACUUUAUUCUUCUACUCUGAAAAAUUCUGACUUGUUUGAGUGUAUAUAAUAUAUAUAAAGGGAGCCUUAAUGGAUUUGUUUUCAUAAUUUAAUAUUUUUUGUAUUUGCUCUUGUAUAAUUGUUUUUAAUGGAAAGUAUUACAGAAUUGAGGGUGGAAUUCUUAGAACCAAAGUUAUUCUUAAUAAAAAUCACCACACGCUUGGACCAUG